AUGGAUUCCCUUCUGGACCUUCUCCAACCUGAAAGCAAUGUGACAGAAAGUCCUCAGGACGUCGACAAUUUGUCAAGCGUGCAACCAGAACCAUCUGUAGACUUUCUGCACUUUGACACUGUGGCUCUUUUAUUGUGUAAAGUAGUCAAUGAAAGCUGCACCAAACCAGGACCCUUCAACCCCACCUCGGUGGCUUGGACCCUCACACAGGCUGUGGGGUGGGCAACAUUCUCUGUGGAAUUACCCACAGUUCUCUUGGCCUCAUAUGCCCUGUUUCGAUUGGUCAGGGCUGGUCAUGUGGCGCCGGUGUAUGUGAUCAACCUCCUCGCGUCCGAUUUGAUCCAGAUCGCGAACAGCAUGUUGUCCGUUACAACCUUCUACGAUGAACGUUCCCCGGUUCCUGCUGUCAUUUUCUACUUCGGCUUGGCAGCUAGUGUUGGCUUCAUGUUAUGCAUUGCUCUAGAGCGCUACCUGCUGGUGGUCUGGCCACUCUGGUACCGCUGCAGGCGCACCAUCCGCCAUUCCCUGCUGGCCUCUGGAGGUGUGUGGGUGUCUGUAGGUGUCUUCCUUAUCCUGCAGUCCCAGUUUGCCCAUGAUCAGGUCACCUUCUUCAAGAGCCCCAAGACUGGAUCUAGUCAGGUGGCUGUGGCCCCAUGUGGCUCCUUCUGCUGGCCACAGGCCGUCCUGUUACUGCUGCCUGUUCCUCUGCUCCUUGGGUUCCUGAUGGGCACUUGGAGAGUCCUGCGUCGCUCAACAUCUGUCUCUGCAAGCGAGCGAAAUAAGAUUCUCGGAGUGCUGCUGCUGGUCCUGGGGAACUACACGCUGCUGUUUCUGCCCAGCAUUGUGGUGCUUCUGUACUACAACUCCCAGCCAAGAGGCAGAUUCCCAGCGUCCAGUGAGCGGAUCGACUACGCCACCGCUGUGCUGAUGGAUGCUGUGGCCCUCGCUCUCCUCUACGUCAGCCCUCUAGUGGACACCCUGCUCUACAUCUUCCUUCGCCAGCACAACGAGGACUCCAGGGAUGCCUUCAGCUGCCUGUCCAAGUCCUGCUCAUGCAUGUCUUGCAUGAUGUAA